GGUGGGUGGUGCUUCUAUCAUAAUGCUAGUGGCCCUAGUGAUCCACUACAGAACACAUUCGAAAGGCAUUGAUGAAAGGAAAGGGACCCAACAAGAGAUUUCUUCGCAAAAUGUUGACCCAUCAACGUCAUCACAACUGGCUUCUUCUUUACAUGAGCAGAGGGAAACUUCAUCAGUUGUGCAGAGACCAAAAGGUCUUGGCCUACCAGAAUCAAUAAUGAAAAAUGAAGGAUUAGCUUCUUCAUCUACUAAUCCAUUGCCUUCUAAGAACCAAGAUCUAUCCGACAAUCCUGGUUCACUCAAGGUUUUUUCUCCGGAUAAGUUGGCUGGGGAUCUACAUCUGUUUGAUGGCUCAUUGGUGUUCACUGCGGAAGAAUUUUCAUGUGCUCCUGCAGAAGUUAUCGGCAGGAGUUGUCAUGGUACACUGUAUAAAGCUGUGCUAGACUCUGGUCAUGUAUUGGUUGUGAAAUGGUUAAAGGAGGGGAUGACAAAAGGGAAGAAGGAAUUUGCAAGAGAAGCCAAGAAGCUUGGGAACAUCAAACAUCCAAAUUUAGUUUCUCUGCAGGGUUAUUACUGGGGACCAAAGGAGCACGAGAAACUGAUAGUAUCAAAUUAUAUAAAUGCACCAUGUUUGGCCGCUUAUCUUUAUGAGACAGACUCCGAAAAACUCCCACUUUUGUCUCUUGAUGAACGGCUCAAAAUUGCCGUCGACGUGGCCUGUUGUUUGAACUACCUCCACAACGAGAGAGCAAUACCUCACGGCAACCUGAAAUCCACAAACAUCUUAAUAGGAACUCCAGGCGCCAAUGCACUAUUAACUGACUACAGUCUUCACCGGCUAAUGACGCCAGCUGGCACAGCCGAGCAGGUUUUAAACGCAGGUGCUCUCGGUUACCGACCACCUGAAUUCGCAAGCACAAGCAAACCAAUGCCAUCACUGAAGAGUGAUGUAUAUGCUUUUGGCGUAAUCUUGUUGGAGCUCUUAACUGGAAGAAGUUCCGCAGAGAUAAUUUCUGGGAACCCUGGGGCCGUUGAUCUAACAGAAUGGGUGAGAUCAUUGGAUGCAGAAAACCGUUCCAUUGAGUGCUUUGACAAACGGGUUUUGGGUGCACACAAUGUGGAUCAACCACGGAGAGACCUCCACGAUUUGCUUAGGGUGGGUCUUCGAUGUAUACUCCCAGCAUCUGAAAGACCAGACAUGAAAACAGUGUUCGAAGAUCUAUCUUCGAUAGUACUUGAACACGCCACAGCAAGGUAGAUCAGAACGGUAACUGCAUUCUCUCUCUCUCUAGUGCUAACAAAAUUGAUAGGUUGUUAGUCCUAUUAGUGUUCCAAUCUAGCUUUUAGUUCUCUUGUAUAAUUAUUUAGAUCAAAUUUCUUGUUCUCAUUUGGAUGUGAGAACUGUGUUAGAAUUGAUAUUUAGCAUUUUGAGGUAGGCGGCAAUAAUGUUGAUUUUGUACAUUGGGGGGGUUGACGAUGAUCAUUCUUUGAUACCUUCAAUAUUAAAGUCUGUUCUGUAUUUUAAUCUCUCAAACCUUUCAUCUGAUUCGUCAACAAGAGAGAGUAUCUUAGGAAACCAUGUUUGACUGUAUCUUUGUACAUCCAAACUCUUGGCCCAUUUUCUUUUUAAGUUGUGUUUGAAUCUUAGAUUUAGUGAAGGAUUCACGGAGGAAAAAAAAAGAAAGUUGUAAACCAACAUGCUUCAUGCAAUAAUGAGAUUGUUUGAUGCAGCUUAUAUGUGCUGUUCUUA